AUGGAGCGAGAAUGUGCAAAUUCAAAAGUUUAUUUUAGCUACAAUAACGACAAGGACGGCGUACUUCCCACCUCUUCGGCAAGGCAUGAGUUUUGCAUAGCGGCCAGUGGACACCUUACAUCAAAACAAGUGAGGUCGAAGGAGAAGUGGGGGCCAAAGGCGGUGCGGGGCGCGCGGGGUCGUGGGGCGGGCUGGGGGCGUGCAGUGCAGCCUGCAGCGUGCAACCCGCCGCCCGCGCCUGACCUCCCGCCGAUGAGCGAUGCACUUUGUACCGACACUACAUUGCAUUGUCAAUAA